UUUGCCCACUCUGGGUGUCUGGACCUCAGUAAAGACUCCUCCACCGUGGGGCUUGGGUACGAUGGGCCGAAGCUGGACUCGAACCCUUGCCGCUCUGCACCUCCUGGCACUCCUCUCUGCUACACCUUUGUCCGGGGCGGAGGAGAGAGACGGGUUUGGGCAGGACCAGACGAUCCAUGUGCUGAGGAUGAGGAGAGAUGCGAGUGCUCCAAGCAAGAUCUCCUGUGAGCUGUCACCCUGGAGUCAGUGGAGCUCUUGCCAGCCCUGCCAAGACAACAAGUACCGGUCCAGAUCCGUGAUCCAGUUCGGCCAGUUCGGGGGCAGGCCCUGCACCGACUUCCUGUACGAGGGGCAGCCAUGCCCAGCCCUGGACACAUGCCAGGCCAACACACCCUGUGACAACGGCUUCAGCUGCACCAACGGGCGCUGCAUCCAUGAGAGACUGGCCUGCAAUGAUGAUGAUGAUUGUGGAGAUUACAGUGAUGAGGAUGAGUGUGUGGCCAUUCGGCCCACCUGCCGAGGGUACCUGCAGCCCCUGUCCCUGACCGAGGCCAUCGGAUCAGGUGUGAACGUGCUGGGGCGGGAGGUGCGGGCGAGGCCCCUGGACAACGAGCGCUACAACGGUCGGUGUGAGACCGUGAUGGACGGCACAGCCCGGAGACGGGUACGGCUAGCCUGGAACAUCCCCACUUUCAUCUUCCAGACUCAAGCCCAGCAACUGGUCUCCACCGAGGUCUAUGAAACGUCGUCGGAAAUGGUGAAGAAGCUGUACUUGGAACUCACCAGAGAUUUGAGAGCGGGAUCCACUUCUGGGGCUUAUGGCAAAGCGAUGGUUGAAGCAGGAAUUGAAGCUAUAUGGAGCUACAACACUUCAGAGACUCACGAGUAUAUCCGGGUCAAAGGCCAGAUGGAGUUGGCAAGGUUCAAGCUGCGGAGCAGUGGCCUUGAACUGAGCGGGGAUUUUAUACGGGAUCUGAAAGGACUUCCGAUCGAAUACGACAAGGGAGCGUAUUUUAAAAUCCUGGAGGACUACGGCACCCACUACGCUUCGUCGGGAACCCUCGGAGGGAAAUACCAGAUGGUCUACGUGCUCAAUAAGUCCGAAAUGCGCAAAGCUCGUAUCACAGCUGAACACCUGAAGGGCUGCCUCAGCAAAGGCACCAACUCCAGGUCGAAGAUUGCGGGGGAACCCAAGAAAACCAACCCCGAGGUGUGUGACCUGACCGGGGCACAACAAGAAACAUCAAGCCGGGUGCCAUCUGUCAUUCAGGACGUGGUGGCGUUGGUGAUUGGUGGAGACGUGGAAUACCUGACUAAGCUGAAAGCGAUGCUGUCCGCGGGGAAGAAGCCCAUCGAUGGCUCCGUCUACAGCGAAUGGGUCGAUUCGCUGGUCAGGUCCCCCGCUCUCAUCAGGCCCACGCUCCAGCCCAUCUCCGCCCUGGUGCCACUGACCCUGCCCCACAGCCCGCGUGUCCGUGGGAACCUGGACCGUGCACUGGGCGAGUACGUGGCGGAGUACGACGUGUGCAAGUGCCAGCUCUGCCGUAAUGGGGGCACUACCACCCUCCUCCACGGCCGCUGCCUCUGCCUCUGCCCCCCUCUCUUCCAGGGGGAUGCCUGCCAGACCCCAAAGAACAGCCAGGCCCGCCCAGGUUACACGGAUGGGGCAUGGGGGUGCUGGGGCACAUGGAGCGUGUGCCAGGGGGGGCAGCAGCGGCGGCAGCGGCAGUGCCAUGGGCAGCAGGGAGGGGGCGCCACCUGCCUGGGGGAGAACACUGGCUCCAUGUACUGCUGA